AGCUGCAGCAAGUCGUAGGCGAACGAAUCGCUGCUGCAGCCUGUCUGCAGGGGUAAAACAGACCAUUCCCCAUGGGUGAUGGUAUUCUCUCUUGCAUGCCGGCGCCGCCUGUUUCUCUCACGCAGAGUCGCAGAGGAGCCGCAUUGUUGCUUGCUUCCUCGUCGUCUUCCAUCUCUCUCGCGCGCGCCCCCUGUGUUCCCGUCCUUCAUUCCUUCCCUCCCUCUCCUGCUGCUCCUCACCCUCGGAUCGAUCGAGCGCUAUCAUGGCCCUCUUGUGGAUCAGCUGCUACCGCACAUGACCCUGGGGGGCAGGGGGGUGCUGUGCUGUGCUGCGCGCCGGCGAACGACUACAUGGCCUUUCUCGUUGUCGUUGAUUCCUUCUUGUUUUCCGCCCUCUGUUCUGCCUCGCCUCGCCUCUUUCCGACCGCCUCUGCGUCCUAGCGGCGGCUAUGGCAAGUACAGCGCUGAAGAAGCUCGCCACCGGACCGCAUGACGCCAGAAGAGAGGAGAUCAUCCGCCUCUGCUCCACUGGCCGCGUCAAGGAGGCUCUCCACGGCCGGUUCCGCGAGUACCUGUGGUCAGAGCCUGGCCUCUUCUCCCACAUCUUCCGGGCGUGCCGCGCCCUCCCGCUCCUCCGCCAGCUCCACGCCUUCGCCGCCACGUCCGGCGCCGCCGCCGACCGGUUCACGGCGAACCACCUCCUCCUCGGCUACGCCGACCUGGGCGACUUCCCCGCCGCGCGCGCUCUGUUCGACAGAAUCCCUAAGCGGAACGUCAUGUCCUGGAACAUUCUCAUCGGCGGGUACAUCAAGAACGGUGACCUGGAGACUGCGCGGAAGCUGUUCGACGAAAUGCCCGCGAGGAACGUGGCUACGUGGAAUGCCAUGAUCGCUGGACUCACCGACUCAGGACUCAAUGAGGAGAGCCUGGGGUUCUUCCUUGCCAUGCGGAGGGAGGGAAUGCAGCCUGAUGAGUUUGGUCUUGGGAGCUUGUUUCGGUGCUGUUCCGGGCUCAGGGACGUUGUGUCUGGGCGGCAGGUCCACGCGUAUGUUGUGCGGUCUGGACUGGACAGGGACAUGUGCGUUGGGAGCUCCUUGGCACACAUGUAUAUGCGGUGUGGUUUUCUCCGAGAAGGGGAGGCUGCUCUCCAAGCAUUGCCUCUGCUCAACACUGUGUCGUGCAAUACCAUAAUCGCUGGAAGAACACAGAAUGGAGACUCAGAGGGAGCACUAGAGUAUUUCUGCAUGAUGAGAGGUGCUGGUGUGGAAGCAAAUGCAGUCACGUUUGUCAGCGCCAUUAGUUCUUGCUCGGACUUGGCAGCCCUUGCGCAAGGUCAGCAGGUUCAUGCACAGGUUAUCAGAGCUGGAGUUGACGAGGUUGUGCCAGUCAUGACUUCUCUUGUGCAUAUGUACUCUCGAUGCGGGUGCUUAGGUGACUCAGAAAGGGUUUGCCUUGGGUACAGUGGUACAGAUCUUGUCCUUUGCAGUGCGAUGAUCUCAGCUUAUGGAUUCCAUGGGCAUGGACAGAAGGCAGUUAGUCUGUUCAAACAGAUGAUAGCUGGAGGGGCAGAACCCAAUGAGGUUACUUUCUUGACCUUGCUAUAUGCAUGCAGCCAUAGUGGUCUUAAAGAUGAAGGCAUGAGUUGUUUUGAGCUUAUGACUAAUACUUAUGGACUAAAGCCAAGUGUUAAGCACUACACUUGUAUUGUGGAUCUUCUUGGACGUUCAGGUUGCCUAAAUGAGGCGGAAGACCUUAUCCUGUCAAUGCCUGUGCAACCUGAUGGGGUCAUAUGGAAGACACUACUGUCUGCAUGUAAGAUUCAGAAAAAUUUCGACAUGGCCGAGAGGAUAGCAGAACGUGUCAUUGAAUUGGACCCUCAUGAUUCUGCAUCUUAUGUUCUUCUAUCAAAUAUUCGAGCUACCUGCAGCAGAUGGGAGGAUGUUAGAAAGGUAAGAAAAACCAUGAGGGAACAGAACGUGAGGAAAGAGCCUGGAGUUAGCUGGGUGGAGCUUAAGGGCCAGAUUCACCAAUUCUGCACCGGAGAUAAAUCCCAUUCAAGGCAAAGGGAGAUUGAUGAAUGCUUGGAAGAAAUGAUGACCAAAAUCAAGCAAUGCGGGUAUGCACCGGACAUGAGCACGGUUUUCCAUGACAUGGAGGAUGAGGAGAAAGAAGUUAGUUUGGCUCACCACAGUGAGAAGUUGGCUUUAGCAUUUGCUUUUCUGAGCUUACCUGAAGGAGUUCCUAUUCGGGUUAUGAAGAAUCUACGUGUAUGUGAUGAUUGCCAUGUAGCUAUUAAGUUGAUGUCUAAAGUGACUGGAAGGGAGAUUGUGGUCCGAGAUGUAAGCCGCUUUCACCAUUUCAAAGAUGGAAAAUGCUCUUGUGGAGAUUAUUGGUGACAGGAGUAGAGUGCCAUGGAAAUACUUUUUUUGCCUUAGUUGAGGGAACAAGACUUCUAGCUCUAACAGAAAUUAUGACUUCCCUUCGGAAGCUGAGGGAGGAUACAACAUGUAGUAAAGAGCAGAUUACUGAUAUGAUGAGAGGAAUAUCAGAAGAGAAAAUUGAUACUUGACACGAUAUUCAACUGAACCUCUCAGUAUCACCUCAUCGCCUUCUCUUUGUCUGCGCAUUUGAAGCUGAGGCAGAGUCCUGAUCGGUGACGAUCUUUAUAAGAUCAACAAGGGACCACAGCCUGUCCAGCACCAACCAUACAGAGUCUCCACGAGCAACUCCUGGAAUUCAAAGCCAUGCUGAGACAGGAACUGCAAAAAUGAUAAGCAGCUGAAUAUCAGACCAGCAAGAACCAAGUAACCAUGCAAAUCAGACUACUUGUAUCAAGGGGAAGAUGUAGACCUGGAUAGGUUUUGGGAUCGCAUUUUUAAUAUAUGGCUAGAAUCUAUCAUCUACAACAGAAUCCACAAGGCAGCAAGCUCGCAAGCCUUUUACACCAUCAAAUCUACCAAAUCCACUGUCUUUAACAUCACCGAAUGGCAAAGACUUAGCCAGAAACACAAGUAAGCGUUGCAUUGCCAGUGUAACACAGAAUGUAAAAACACAGGAUAGGCAUGAUGUGAUAUUGUAACGAAAAAAAA